AUGCCUGAUGACGCAAAGUCCAAGGCUUUUCCAGAUAUUUCGGCCAAACUCUCCGCCCUCCCUAAGAAAUCUCUCUUCGAACGUCAAAAGGCCGAAGCCGAAGCCAAGCGUGCCCGAGAGCAAGCAGAGACUGCUGCUGUUUAUGAGGAUUUUGUCAAGUCGUUUGAGGAUGAUUCUCAGCCGUCCGAUCGAACCACAACCGGAAGUAGACUGAACAACUUUGGAGGAAGAAGCGCCGCGUUUGGAGGUGGACCUGCGAAACGCCAUUUUACCAGUUCGGGCCCUAGAAGCAGCGGCCCGGGGACUUUAGGACCUCACCCGUCUUCGCUGUCUCGCAAACGUACUCAUGAAGGAUUCCAACCGUUCCAGAGGAAUAGAGAGUCAGCGCAGGGCAUCCUGGGGUUUGAAAAUGCAGGUUCAGUAUCGUCCCCCGCUGCGUCGGCUUUUCGCACUUCGGACGAGGAGGAGGACAGGGCAGCGGAUGCGAAAGAGGCCGAGAGAGCAGCGGCAAAACCUACGCUUUAUCUGGCUUCAUUACCACCAGGGACUUCUCCUUCUGCAAUCAAAUCGCUCAUUCCGUCGGUAUUACUUGUCGACAAUGUGAAAAUCCUCCGCCCCUCCAACCAGUCCCCGACCGAUCGCAAGUCGAUUUCCGCCAUCGUCACUCUUGCGAAUGAAUCGGCUGCCUCGGAUAUAGACUCUACUGUCAGUGCACUACAGAACAGAUACCUAGGAUGGGGAUACUAUCUUUCAAUUUCGAGGCAUCUCUCCUCUGCCGCGAUCAGUUCCUCGAUGCCAGUCACCGUGGGUCUGUCGUCAACAAGCUCUCUUCCAUUCGGUGCGAAGACCAUUACCCCGGAGUAUGGAGGCCGCUUGAACCGUGCGCCACCACCUGGCUCUCACCGUGGUGGCUUCGCGCCCCCGACCUCGUAUGGAGCAGCAUAUGGUCGCAGUGGACCCGUCACGCAGGUGGAGGUGAAAACGCCUUCGGAUCUGAAGCAGCUGAGGCUUAUACACAAGACCUUGGAGAAUCUAUUGAAUUACGGCCCAGAGUUUGAGGCUCUGCUUAUGAGUCGACCGGAGGUUCAAAGAGAUGAGAAGUGGGCGUGGCUGUGGGAUUCAAGAAGUGCCGGAGGAGUGUACUAUCGCUGGAAACUGUGGGAUAUCCUCACUAACAGCCACCCUAAAGGGACUCACCGCGGUAGGAGUCAGAAUGCAUCGUUACUAUUUGACGGAGGCCCAAGUUGGGUAUCGACGGAGACGGGCAUCAAGUUCGAAUAUACCACACGCAUGGAUGAGUUUGUUUCCGAUGAGGAUUACAAUUCGUCCGACGAAGAAAUGUCAGACGGGGAGGAUGAGAGACGACACCUAGGGGGCGCUCCGCCAGCCGACGGAGUGGGUACUGGUAACGAAGGACUCGGUUACAUGAACCCGCUACAGAAAGCCAAACUCACACACCUGCUUGCUCGGCUCCCGACCACUCAUGCGAAGCUACGGAAAGGUGAUGUUGCGCGUGUCACAGCCUUUGCCAUUGGACAUGCUGGCGCAGGCGCUGACGAAGUGGUGGAAAUGAUUGUGUCGAACAUCAUCAACCCCUUUGCAUACACUGGGGCCAAUCCUGACCGCGAGAUUGAAAAGGGUCUCGCUCGGCAGGAAGCCACAAAGAAUGAAUCCAAUGACGCUUCAGGUGAGGAAGCCCGAUCAUCGUCCAAAAGCAAUAUGGAUACAUCUUCCGCCAAGCUGGUCGGGCUUUACCUUGUCUCCGACAUUCUUUCGUCCUCUGCCACGAGCGGUGUGCGCCAUGCUUGGCGCUAUCGACAGCUCUUUGAAUCGGCAUUAAAGUCCCAUCAAGUCUUUGAGCACCUUGGUAGGCUCGAAAAAGACCUGAACUGGGGACGGUUACGAGCUGAGAAAUGGAAGCGAAGCGUAGGCUCACUGCUGCACCUCUGGGAAGGGUGGUGCGUGUUUCCGCAGUCGAGUCAGGAACACUUCUCUCGUGUAUUUGAAAAACCGCCGCUUACAGAAGAGGAACUUCGGGAAGAAAAGGCGAAGGUAGAGGCGGAUCGGGCUGCUGGGGCGUUUUCCAAGGGCAAGAGUCGCUGGAAGACUCUGGAGGAGGACGAAACAGCCGGGAAAUUCGACCCUUCGCGUCCUCCUGCUCAACCAGAUCAGAAUAGGAUGGAUAUCAACCAAGGUCAUGCCGUGUCCGCAACGGGAGGUGACCUGGAUGUAGAGCCGAUGAGUGAUAUAGACGGAGAGCCUAUGGAAGACAGCGACCUAGAAGAAGCACCAGAUGGAGAGCCACUGGAGGAGGAUUCGAUCAUGGAGACCGAACCGAAAGAAGAGGUGCCCGACAAAUCUGAAGCGCCAUCUCAGCUCGAAUCGCGGCCUCAUGCUCGAAAACCGCGACCGAAGGCAGAGGACAUGUUUGCGGAUUCCGACUCGGAGUGA